CACCGAGCUAUUCAAUAGCGACGUCUUCAAGUGGGCCUCGAGGGUUCCCUUGUACAUUGAUGGAGCUCACUUUAAGUCCAUCGAGCUGUGUGUCAGAGUGAUAGAUGCAGAUUUGAGCUGGCGAGGCAGGAGCACGAGGAGCCCGAGCGAAACACAACUGCGGCGUCUCUGAGGUCGUGAAGUUUGCGAUGUCGGGUGCUAUGGGAGCCGCACUGAGCUGCACCGGGAGACAAGAGAGACGAAACGCUGACCUGAGCCACACUGAGGGAAGGACAGAGAGUGACAGGAGACUCCUAGGGUCAAGCACCAUGGAAGAGUUUAAAGUCCAGAGCGCCAAGCACCCCACACCAAACAGCACACCUCUACGUACUCCCAGCGAGCAUUCCCGAGAGCGAGCCAAGCGUCUCUCUACAGAGUCGAACGGGACCAGCGAAGGAGCAGCCGGCGCCAGGACGCCGGUAGAGCUCACACCACUGGAAGAGGCUUUCAGACGCUUCGCCAUCCACGGAGACACCCGCGCCACUGGGAAGGAUAUGCACGGCAAGAACUGGUCCAAACUGUGCAAGGACUGCGGCGUCAUAGACAACAAAAGCAUCACCCUCACGGACGUGGACAUCGUCUUCUCAAAAGUCAAGAACAAAUCUGCCCGCACCAUCACGUACAACCAGUUCAAGGAGGCCAUUUCCGAAUUAGCCAGGAAGCGCUUCAAAGAUAAAACCAGCGAGGAGGCAGCGGAGGAGGUCUUCAAGAUGAUCGAGGGGAAGUCGCCAAUUAUAUCUGGAGUUACGAGAGCUGUGGCAUCCCCCACCGUAUCCCGUCUGACCGACACCACCAAGUUCACAGGUUCUCAUAAGGAGCGUUUUGACGAGACAGGCCGCGGGAAAGGCAAAGCGGGCCGGGUCGACAUGGUUGACACGUCCGGCUACGUCUCAGGCUACAAACACGCAGGCUCGUACGAGAAGAAAGUUCAGGGCAAACCACAACAGAAACCCAUGUGAGAAUUCCCCCUGUUCCAUCAACAGACAUGGAAGGUGGUGGGGGGGGGGGAGAAGCACAACAGGAUCAUCUGCUAUUCCGUUUGUUUAUAUGCAUCAUUUUUUUCUGUGAAAGAGAUUUCCGUUUUCCGGUGCUGUUGAAGAACUGGAACAAUGUCUACAUCGACAGACAAGAGACGCAGCCGGCUGGUACAUUCCUCGACAAGAAUGAAGAUUAUCAUCAUGCUAUGAAAUUUCAGAAGGGCGGGACAGAGUGGAGAGCACAAGAAUCGUGAACGAUAAAGUUCAGCAAGAAAAACGUUGUCUACAAAAUGUCUACAAUAGCAUAUAAUACGAGGUCUAGUCAAAACGUUCUAAGCCUUAUCCGUUACAGACAGCAGCAAGGAGGCUGAUCUAUGUGGAAGUUCUUCCAGGAACGAGCCAUCAGGCAAAAAACAAAAAAACAGUGCCGCAAAAUAUAGGUUAGCUUUAAGCUUAUCUUCAGGGUUGCAUCCUAGUAUUGUCAUUUUUUCAAUGGACGUAUAUUAAAGCUACUGCCUCAUGAAUUUUAGCUAGCCAUAGAAAACAUACAGAUCUUAUUAAAACCAACAGCUUUGGUAUGCUGAUGCGUAUCAGAUCAGUACAACGAGAAUAAAAGGAAACUAUCCCCGUCUCCACUCACAUCAAGAGCUACAACUGAGUGCAAAAAAUAAUCUAAGAGCAGCUGAUUGAAAUAUCUCCACCGAAAAUCUCCUCCUGAAAAUCAGCAACGGAUAAGCAGACACUCCUAAUGUACGCAGCCUUAAAAUCGGAAACUGAGUAUUCUCCAUGUCAUCUUAGGACUUUUUGAUCAGACCUCAUACACGAUAUUGCCAAAAGUUUCGGGACGUCUGCCUUUACAUGCACAUGAAUUUAAUAUGGAGUUGGCCCACCCUUUACAGCGAUAACAGCUUCAACUCUUCUGGGAAGGCGUUCCACAAGGUUUAGGAGUGUGUUUAUGGGAAUUUUUGACCAUUCCUCUAGAAGCGCAUUUGUGAGGUCAGGCACUGAUGUUGGACGAGAAGGUCUGGCUCACGGUCUCCGCUCUAAUUCAUCCCAAAGGUGUUCUAUCAGGUUGAGGUCAGAACUCUGACCUCCAAACUCGCUCAUCCAUGUCUUCAUGGUCCUUGUUUUGUGCACUGAUGCGCAUUCACGUUGGAACAGGAAGGGGUCAUCCCCAAAACUGUUGAAAAUUGCAUGAAAUUGUCCAAAAUGUCUUGAUAUGCUGAAGCAUUAAGAGUUCCUUUCACUGGAACUAAGUGGCCGAGCCCAACCCCUGAAACACAACACCUGUAUUCAAUGAUUUACAGGGGUGUCCCAAAACUUUUGGCAACAUAGCGUAUUCUGCAAGUAGGAAUUAAUGUUUUGUUUUGUUGAUUUUUUUAAAUUGGACAUCAUUAUUUGUGACCUCUGGCAUAAAAUCCAUAACAAAUGGCUUUUUUAAUACUUUCACAUUGCUAAAUACUGCCCUUUAUACUUAAUGUGUUUUAUGGUGCAUCUUUGCUUGUGAUCAGAUUUGACUUCUAAAGAUUUGUCUUACAAUUUUUUAGUAUUUUUAUUUUUUGGUAUAAGCCUAGUGUGCCCUAUUCAGAAUCCAUGAGCUGAUGUCUACUGAUAUUAAAUUGUGAACUUGUGCAAAAGUCCUUAAAUAGUCCCCGAAUUUGACGGCUCGUGCGCUCUGCUCGUCACCGAUGGUGAGCUACGUUUUAUAUAUAAAAUAUAAUAUAUGGUUAAUGUUUUUUUGUCCGUUAUAUAGGAUCGAAAAUAUUAAUAGUGUUUAUGAUUGUGUUUUUAUGCUAACGCUUGAUGGCAUAAUAUGAUACACUGGCUGAUACACAAUUUUCUUCUCUGUUGACACCCAUCACACUGAGAUUAGACAGCGGGAAGUCAAGAGUGGAUCAGAUGAUUGGUUUAUGAGAACACUGUCUUAGCACAAUUUACUAUCUAUACUACUAUGCACAACGGUCAUCGCUAACCGAUCAGAUCAGGCCUGCGCUGAUUUAUAUGCGUUUUUUUUAUCAUUAGAAGUGAUCUGUUAUCACUGUUUAUGAGCUGAAAUUACAGUCACAAACUUCAGCAUGUGGUAUCACCACAACAGUUUAACCAUAAUCAUCUACCUAGCUACUGUAGAUGGCCUCAGUACGUACCUGAACAGGUGCAUGGAGAGAACCUUUAAAAUUUUAAACAAAGGUAUAAAACAUCAGUGAUGUUUGUGGUCAUCUGAUGAAAUAAAAAUAUUAAGCUCCUCCCACUUUCGUAUAGAGAUUCCCAAUCCCAGGACCUCAGACUUUAUCCUAAGACCUCAGACUUUAUCCAUGACCUUUAUCCUAGGACCUUGGACUUUAUCCUAGGACCUCGGACUUUAUCCAUGACCUUUAUCCUAGGACCUUGGACUUUAUCCUAGGACCUCAGACUUUAUCCAUGACCUUUAUCCUAGGACCUUGGACUUUAUCCUAGGACCUCAGACUUUAUCCUAGGACCUUUAUCCUAGGACCUCGGACUUUAUCCAUGACGUUGGACUUUAUCCAUGACCUUUAUCCUAGGACCUCGGACUUUAUCCUAGGACCUUUAUCCUAGGACCUCGGACUUUAUCCAUGACCUUGGACUUUAUCCAUGACCUUUAUCCUAGGACCUCGGACUUUAUCCUAGGACCUCAGACUUUAUCCUAGGACCUUUAUCCUAGCCUCAAACUCAUGCCGCCUCCUCGUGAAUGGAAGCGAACAAUAAUAAAUAACACGAUACAUCCUCAUACUGAUUAUCGUCUCAUCCCAAAGCCUAACCAACAGCUCGAUUUCCAAGAUCAAGAAUUAUAUCAAUCAGAAAAAUAUUGAGUAAUAAUUAACACGUGGUUUCAGAGCGAGAGACACUCGUUCUAUCUCAGCACCUUUUAGUACAUGCAAUUUUUUCCAGUCUAAUGAACAAUGUUUACAGUGUUUGCAUUUUAACAUUAAAAUAAAACAAAACCCUCAGAUGGUCCCAAGGUGUUAAGAUUUUCCCUUUUAAUGUUGCAUCAUUACAUACGGGAAUAGGACUUGAUACAGAAACCAGAAAUUGUUAUUCCAAAAAAAAAAAAGCAUGUAUACUUUGAAAUAUGCGACCGGUUAUUCAAUAUACUAGCAGCUUUCCAGUGCAGAUAAUGAAACAUGCAGAGAUCUGUGGUAUUUAAUGUCGUCCACUUUGAUGAAAAAAAUGUUGGUUUCAGUUGAGCAACACGGGUCAGAAAAUAUGCAGCAGGUUUCUUGGAAGGAAGAGGACAGCAAGUAUAGACAUAUUCUUCUACAGAACAUCUAUUUUUCCAUUCUAGUGUCACACUGUUCCUGGUAAUUCCCGCUUGAGAAGUGACUCAUAUUUAUAUCAAGUUUGAGAUGUCGUCGUUGUGUUUUAACAAAUGGUUGCUGUUCUGUGUGCUUCGACGCCAAAUACUGUAAACCCUCGGUUUUCGAGGAACAAAAUGUUGUCUUAUUUUUCAUAUAACUAUUUUUCUAUGUGUUACAGUGCCCUGCUGCAUGUUAUGUGUCUUAAGGUAACGUUCAACAGACCUUUAACUUGUCUGUGUGUUGUAGCAUUGUUCUGAAUAAAGAAAAAAUGUUAAAAAAGGG